AUGGCUUACGGAUUAACGACAGUGGAUGUAAGAAGGCUAGCCUUUGAGGUUGCAGUAGUUAACAAUGUGACAAUUCCAGAGUCCUGGAGUACAUCUAAAAUGGCUGGUAAGGACUGGCUAAGAGCCUUUAUAAAACGCCGAAAAACUCUGAGUAUCAGAAAGCCAGAAGCAUGCAGUCUUGCAAGAUUAACGUCGUUUAAUCGACAUAAUGUACAAACGUUUUUUACAAAUUUGCGUAAUAUUCUGGAGCAAAACCCUAGCUUAAGUGAUGGCUCCAGAAUAUUUAAUUUAGAUGAAACUGGAACUACAACCGUCCAAAAUCCAAAAAAAAAUAAUUGCAUCGAAAGGUGUCAAGCAAGUGAACCAUUGCGAGCACCGCCGGGUACACUGGGAUUAGCAACGCCAUCUGGAUGGAUGAACUCGGAAAUUUUCAUUCAGGUCUUAGACCAUUUCAUAAAAUAUUCACACUCCAGCAAAGAUAAUCCGAGUUUACUUAUUUAUGACAACCACGAGAGCCACAUUUCGGUACAAAUAGUAAAUAAAGCUAGAGAAGCAGGGGUUAAAAUUCUUACUCUACCACCGCAUUGCAGCAACCGUAUGCAGCCACUUGAUGUGGCUGUGUAUGGUCCUUUCAAAGCAUAUUUCAAUGCAGCAUGUGAUAAAUGGAUGCUGAAAAGUCCGGGAACUCCUCUAAUCGCAGAAUGUGUGGCAGAAGCACACUGCAAAGCAUUUACUCCAGCAAACAUAAUUUCUGGAUUUUUUAAGACAGGAAUAAUGCCAUUUAAUCCGGAUAUAUUUACUGAUGCGGAUUUUAUACAAUCUGAAGUUACAAAUCAACCAUUGAACAAUCACGAAGUCGCAGGACCAUCUAAUACUGCAGAAGCAUCUAAUAGUAAUUCUCCUCAACUAGAUCCAUCGUACAUUUUGCAACGAGAAGUAACACCACCAAGGUUGAUUUCACCAGAAGAUAUAAGAGAGCUUCCUAAAUCAAACCCCAGAAAGCAGUUAAGACGAGCAAGAGCAAAAGAACAAAAAAACCAUCUAAUACUAGAUGAAGCUAAGGAAAAACCUACAAAAAAGAAAAGAAAAAUAGCAAUAGAAGAAAACCUAACAAGUGACGAAGAGGAAACUGUGGAGUAUAAAGAUUCUUCUUCAGACUGGGAGCAUACACUGAGAGAAAUGAGACUGUUAUAUUAA